AUACUUGUGGAAGCCGGUGUCUGUGAGUCAUCGCCGCUCGGACAGACAACUUGCUUCGAAUCGCUUUUCAGAAGCCUCGCAGAUUCUCUCGGAUUUAUUAGGAAUCACGAAUUUCUCUCUCAUUGCCCGACAGGAUUGAGAUGUUACAUUUUAGGUCCUCGACAGUGCUGAAGGAGUUGUUUGAAGCCACCCUCAAGCGUCCCUUUCCCGUCUACCGAGAGAAGACCUGGUUGCCGACAGGCUCCCGCUGCUUCUGCUGCCUCGGCGCCACCUCCGUUGAUGCCAGAGCCACAUCUGCUCCUCUGAAGCUCCUCAAUGCCGCCGCGCACCGCCCGGCUCUCCGCACCGCGCCCCGCGCCGCCUCUCUCCGCUCCUACUGCGUGAAAACCGAAGCCGAGGAGGUAGAGGAGCAGCUGAAGAAGGAUGGAGCCGGCGGCGAAGCGGACAGCGACAAGAGAAGAAACGCAGGGAUUCUCCCGAGUUUGGAGGAUUUGCUUUUCUACACAGUGGCCGAAGGUCAAGAGACGAUUCCUGCUCACAAAUUUCUCACAGCACUGAAAGCCACGGGGCUUCGUUCCGGAGAUCCACGACUGAAGGAGUGCAUGGAAACACUGAAAGAAACUCUAAAGAAGACUUCAGAUGGCGUUACACUGGACAGGCACCUUUUCAAGAAGUGUGUCCAGAGCAACAUUGUCCUGCUCACUCAGGCCUUCCGCAAGAAGUUCGUCAUCCCAGACUUCCAGUCCUUCACCUCCCAUAUUGAUGAGCUGUAUGAGAAUGCCAAAAAUCUCACUGGAGGACAGGUUGCAGACUACAUUCCUCAGCUGGCCAAGUUCAGCCCCGACCUGUGGGCGGUUUCUCUGUGCACGGUGGACGGGCAGAGACAUACGGUGGGAGACACUAAGGUCCCCUUCUGCAUGCAGUCUUGUGUGAAGCCUCUGAAGUAUGCCGUCGCCGUGCACGACCACAGCACGGAGUACGUGCACAGUUUCAUCGGGAAGGAGCCCAGCGGCCUCCGCUUCAACAAGCUCUUCCUGAAUGAAGAUGAUAAGCCGCACAACCCGAUGGUGAAUGCUGGCGCUAUUGUUUGUACUUCACUCAUAAAGCAAAGUGUAAGCAACGCAGAGAAAUUUGACUAUGUCAUGAACUUUCUGAAAAAGAUGGCGGGAAACGAGUAUGUGGGUUUCAGCAACGCCACAUUCCAGUCUGAGCGUGAGUCAGGAGACAGGAACUUCGCCAUCGGCUACUACCUGAAAGAAAAAAAGUGUUUCCCAGAGGGGACAGACAUGACCUCUGUACUGGACUUGUACUUUCAACUCUGCUCCAUUGAGGUGACAUGUGAGAGUGCCAGUGUCAUGGCGGCCACCCUGGCCAACGGGGGUAUCUGCCCAAUCACGGGCGAGCGCGUGCUGAGCCCAGAGGCGGUGAGGAACACGCUGAGUCUGAUGCACUCCUGUGGCAUGUACGACUUCUCAGGGCAGUUUGCUUUCCAUGUCGGCCUGCCUGCCAAGUCUGGAGUAUCAGGAGGGAUCCUGCUGGUUGUGCCCAACGUGAUGGGCAUCGUGUGCUGGUCGCCUCCGCUCGACAAGCUGGGCAACUCGGUCAGAGGGAUCCAGUUCUGCACGGACCUGGUGGAGCUUUUCAACUUCCACAACUACGACAAUCUGAGGCACUUCGCCAAGAAGCACGACCCUCGCAGAGAAGGAGGCGACCAGCGGCAGCAGACCUUCGGACCUAUGGAUUACGAGAGCCUCCAGCAGGAGCUGGCUCUGAAAGCCCCUCUUUGGAAAAAGGUGUCCCCCACUGAGUCGAACGAGGACAGCUCCACCACUGUAGUCUAUAGGAUGGACAAAGUCAUCGAGUGAAACUUUAAAACAAACAAACAAACAAACACAGACGCCCCCACCUCGCCUGAUCUCCCAGCAACGCGACGGCAUCGUCUCCUCACCCUCAUAUUUAUGUAUAAAUUAUGUAGAGGAUUAUUUAUUGCUGGUGAAGCGGUUACUGCGAAACUUGUUUUUGAUUUUGUCUGUGCUGGAAAAAUGGGAUCAGCUUAUUAUUAUUAUUAUUAUUAUUAUUAUUAUUAUUAUGAACUCCAAAUGACCUCCAUUUGCUUCGUUGCCUUAGCGACGUGACAAGGAUCUGAUGUGUAACGUACGCACUUCGCUCUCGUUUUAUCUCAACACACUUUUAUCUUUAUUUUCUUCUUCAUCACGUCAGAGUUUUCUUUUUAACAAUGUCGGCUAACGCUGCGUUCACUCUACGACCCAAAACAACAGCUGCUUGAGAGUAAACACAGACUUUAAAUUUAGGGGUGUGUUACGAGUGAUUAAAAGAAUAUUUUGGCCGUGAUUGAUAUGUUUUAUUUUCCUGGUUAUUAUUAUUAUUUUUUAUUUUUCCCACUUUUGUGACAUUUGGCUCCUCGAUUUAAAAUAUAGAUGAAGAACAUUAACGAAUGUCAUUCACAAGUGUUGCAUUAUUUUGCAGAUCUUUGUGUUUUCUGUUAAAAUAAUACUUGAUUUGUGCCUGCUUCCAUUUCUUUGACAUUAACUCGACUAUGAAACAGACAGAAGUCGUGAGGACUUUCAGCUCGAGUUGAGUUUGUUUGUGUUUGAUGAUGCGGUUGAUACUAACAGAGGGCAGUUUUCUCGCAGUCAGGUGACAAAAGCAUUGGGCUGUUUCUUAGGUUUGACUUGUUUGCCUGCAGCUUCCUGACAUGCUUCUGAAUUCUGAGGAAGGAAAGGCGAGUAAAGUCAGUCGUGUAGGUUCAGUUAAAGUCUCUCGUGGCUUCAUACAACCAUUAACUCCCUUGCACAGCUCACAAAAGUAUGCAAACACGAUGUCUCCAUGUAGAAAUAAAUCUGCUAAAUGUGAAUGCAGCAUUUAUUUACUACAAAGGUGACGAUUCAUGUCCCUCACCUGAAAUUGCGUCGGAAGAUCUGUGAGCAGAUGGAGCUGACACUUCCAGAAAAAAAUCAGACGUACUAACCGUGGAUGAACUUAAUCUGAGGCUUUUAUCUGCUCUAGUCCAGUUACAGGAUAAAGUCAUCAAAUAAAACCCUUUUUCUCAGCCACAGUUCAUUUCAGUAAUGACCAAAGCGAUUAUCGAGUCAAACACGAGCCUGCUGGGUGUGCGAGUGAGCUGUUAACCAAAAAAAUACAGCAUGGCUAGCUUCACACGUGGAGUUGUUUCCAUAAGCAGCAGGUCAGUGAGAGACAGCUGAAGGAGAACGGAUCACAUGUUGGAUGUGCCGUCACAUGCCAUUAUUUAUGUUUGCAUUGAGUUACCGCUGUUGUGCCAUGAUGCUUUUACUGUGUGAGACUGCAGGAAUUUAUGAAAGUCAAAGGAAACAAUCCGACUAAAAGCCGUCUGUGCACAGCAGUUUCUGCAGAACUCCACCUGCAGAUCAGAUUAUAAGACUCUAUCUCACUACACUCCUGCCCGAUUCUCAUUAAUAGACACAAAAUACGUUUCUGUGCGCUACAGUUUCAUGAGGGGCCGGCACUUGUGCAGAAAUGUGGCUAAAAUCCUGAAACACUGCAGCCCCAUCAGCUCACCUGUGCCCGUAACACAUCCAUGGCUUUUACACGAAUCAUGUAGCGAGCAACUAUUCCCUCCCUCUGACUUCCCGUGUUGUGUUUUACUCUAUUACAUCAAAGUACCAGAAUUACUAGUAUUAGUACAAUUACUGUUGACCAGAAAUACGCUGAGCUCAGCUCGAAAGGUUCCUGCUGAAGUUUUGGUUCUGAACUAACAUCCACCUUUCUGAUAACCUCUCCGCCUGGCUGUCCAAGUACAUUAAUGCCCCCAGCAACCCGUCAGGAGCAGGAUGAAACUUGAUUUUUGUGUUUGUGUGGCUUAAACUGCAGUAAGCCACCUGCCACAAACUUGAAGAAAUCAUGUUAAUUAAAACCAGAUCAGUCUUAGUCUCAUCAGUUUAGGCAACAUUUCUUAUUUCUGGAUGUUCGUAGCAGCAGGCAUGUGUAGCUAUCAGCUGUGCAUCUGCACACGAGUGAUCUUCAGCUGCAGACCAAAGAGUGUGUUUGAAUUUUUACUUCAGACGUUCCAGGUUUAUCUCACAACCUCCUCGGUAAAUAUAAGUACUUGCACAUAAAUGUCACGCCAGCGGAUGCCUUAGAUUUCUCUGCACCGUGAAGCAGGAGGAGGUGUGUGUUUAUUAAUCACUGUUGAAACUGUACAUGUGUUUGUAGGUUUGAGCUCAGAGCGAUGCUGCUGGAGCCGUUACCACCAUGUUACUACUGUCAUGGCAUGUUUUUGUUUUUUUCCUUUUUCGUUAAACUUCUGCUGGUCAUGUGGGUGUUACAGGUGAAACGUAUUCAAAAGCCUCAGUCAUCAUCAGUGUUGCUGGAUUAUUAUAAUCUGAAGAUUAUUAUCACAUAAAAAAGUUAUUUUCUCGUGUAGUAAUCAAAUGUAUGAACACUUAAAUGAACUCCCCCGCAUGUGUUGUUGGUUGUGAAGUUCGCUGUUCGACUGAUUUUGCUGAUUUUAGCUGAAUUGUUAGUUAUGAAAAAUUGACACUGCGUUUAAAAUGCAAAUUAUUAUAAAGAGAUUUUAAAAAAUAUAUAUAAUUGCCAAACAAUUAGAGAAAAUUAUGAUGUAGCUGCACUUUAUUUUUAUUUUUUUAGUAAAACUAUUGAAUGUACAAACUCUUGAGUCACUGGAAAACCGAUCUAAUGAGGAGGCGAUGCGUAUGCCGGUUUAGGCUACACAGAUCCUGGGUGCUGAGCAUACGGAGAUAAAAAUACUGUGUAGCUUGAACCCGGUUUAACGUGCAAAGCUCAUUUUAUUCCCAUUUAAAUCAACCAUAUGUGCAGAGUUUUUCCAGAGUGCGUGACUUUUACGAGCAACCAACCACAGAGACGAGUGAAGAAGAACACAAUUGCUUGUUUUACUUCCCUCACAUGUGAGCGAGGCCUUUACCAUAACAACAGUUCCUUUUUUUGUUUUCAUGGACGUUUCAUUAAUCAGUUCACUAAAAAAAACUACACUUUUAAGACUAAAGUAAUUAAUUGUUUUAGGACUUGAUUAAACGCUGCACAGCUCGUCGGUUUGACAGGAAUAGUUUAUUUUCCUGAUUCGCUCGGUUUUAGCUCGGCAUUUCCUUCUUUUGGCCGUGAGCGAAACGAGUCGCUCUCCUCUUCUUUAAAAUAUUGACUUUUACAUCUUUGAUGCUCCGUUCAUUGGCACAAAAAUCUGAAUUUGAGAGCCAGAGAUAAAAACUAAAGGGACCUGCAUUGGGGGGAGACUAAACUGAUCCAGCCAAUCAGGACUAAUUAUCCUAAUCGCAUCUGUCCUUCUUUGUUUUGGAAGAAUAACACAUGAACCUUGUGUUUAUGUGUUAUUCAGUGUUGGGUGUAACGCGUUACUAAGUAACACGUUACUGUAAUUAAAUUACUUUUCCACUGAAAUUUUAAUUACAGUUACUUACAAUGUACUUGCGUUACAUUGUAAAAUAAUUAAACUCGCUGAAUAUCAUUAUUUAAUUUCAAUAAUUUAUCUUCUAAAGGUAAAAAUAAACUCUGCCGCUUUAACAUCGCUGUAGUGCAGCUGCGCGUCAUUUCGCACCAGUUUGCUGCAUAGUCGUAUUCUAAAGCGGAAGAUGUCGGACUCGGCUGAAGCGAGUGGCUGUUUUAUGAAAUGGACCUAUUCCCGUCUCUUCACUUUUCUGAAACAAGCAGACAAGAAUAUUACAGUAAUAUGUAAAAACUAUCGGCUGCUGUUAAUAGCAUGAGUAAUCUACUGAAGCGCCUGACAGGAGAGCACAGACAAACACUUCUGAGUGAUUCUUGUUCAUCAUCCAUGGAUAACACCGCGGCAACUCCUGCUAAGCAGGCAAAACCUGAUUUUACUUCAGCAGCACAGAAAGCGUCUGAAGGUGAGCUUAAAAAAAUAACUGCAGGCUACAUUGUGGAAGAGAUGCUACCGCUGCGUACUGUAGUCUCCGUCUUUAAAAGAAGACUAAGAAGUAUUUAGUUAAAUUACUUAUUGAGUAAUUAAGUUACUUUUCAGACACAGUAAUUAGAUAAGUAUUUUAAAUACAAUAUUGAUUAAGUAAUUAAUUACUUUUUUAAAGUAACUUACCCAACACUGGUGUUAUUCUUCAAAAAAAAAAAACCCUGAUUAUUCCGAUCAGAAUCGUGACAGCGGGGCUUUUGAAUGCAGCGUCAGUGGAAAUCAUCAGAUCUGUAUUAUGAGUCUGUGUAAAGCUUUGUUCAGUUUGCACCAUGAAAGUAGAUAAAAUGAAGAACGGCUCGAUCCAAACCCGAGUGUUAGAAAAUCAAAGAUGAUUAAAUUCUAAUGGUGCAAAUUUAACAAAAGGACUCAUCUUUGCACAGACCUUCAUGUCAUGUAUGAGUUUGUUUUCUGUUGUCUGCAUGAUUUUUUUUUGUCAAUUUCCAUGAAUUUUCAUCCUUGUUUGAAUCCUUUUCACUGUCUCUCUUUUAUUAAUUUGUGUCUUGAACAUGUGUGUUAUCCCUUUGAAAAUUAAUAAAAGAUUUAAAAGUGAUCACUACCAUCAAAGUUUGGUGACCUCGGAACUGUGAGGUUAGAUUUUUAUACAAAGACAAGCAGAAGAUAAAACGAGCUGCUUCCUGACCUGAAAAUGUGAAACCAAACAGUUCCCAGCUCACAGCUGUCAGACUUUUAUAUGUUUCUGUUUGUGAAGUCUCCAUGAGCUGCCUCUUUGUUCUGGACGUGCAGACGUGACAGUAAAAAUGGUGUUGAUAUUAUUUUUGCUGCCUUGUUGUUUCUUGUAUGAAAUGAAAUAAAGCAUCUGUUUUAAAUCGUCUCACCAUCUGAGCUCGCAGCGGUUCUUUAACAGAAAACACCCUUAACUUGAAGAUUCAUGAAGUCGUCCCUCUUUCUAAGGUUUAUGAAUCAGGACAUAACUAGAAUAAUGUGGUGAAUUCUUAGGUUAUGUAAAUAUAACCUUAGACGAACAGCGACACAUGACAGGAUCAAUAAAAUACUCGCCUGUCUGUGUCUUUAUUUAUUUAAGAAAAACUGAACCAAAAUGCAGAACCAAUGGGGGGGGGAACCCUCACUGCUUCCACUGAAAUUAUCAGCCAGGUGCUGCUAGUUAAUGCACUUCAUUAACUGCUCAUCAGGUGUGAGUGGAGCGUUCAGGUGUGUUAACAUAAUCUCUCUCUUUCCCUCAGAAAGGAUUGUAAGACCAAACGUUUUUAAAUCCAUUGUAAUACAGCGUGAAAAAUUAUUCAUAAUUAGUAAACAUUCAAGACAGCUGGUUCAGGCUGGCCCAAAAAAGAUCUAACAAGCAUGGAUUAUUUGGAAGAGCUGCCAGGAGCGUCGUCUCCCUAAUGAGAACGUGGCAGCACAGCUUAGGUUCAUAAAGCUGCAUCUAAACAAACCAAAAGACUUCUGAAUCCGAAGUGGAAAUAUUUUGUCGACCAAACAGCAUGUCAGCACAGGCACCUCAUUCCAACAGUCAACCAUCAGUACUCCAGUUUUACUGCAUUCUGACACGCAAACGCAUUUAUGGCUCGUCUGCAGGUGUUUUUGUUCACACGGGUUUUAAGGUGCCUGGUUUACCGUCACUGGCGUCACGAGUUUUUCAAUUCAAUUCAAUUUUAUUUAUAUAGCGCCAAACCACAACGAAAGUCGCCUCAAGGCGCUUCAUAG